AUGGCCUAUAAUCUGACGGCAGAAAUGUUCAGUGAAUGGGCAAUUGGAAUGGUUAUUAUUGCUGUUCGUCUCUAUGCCCGAUGGUCAGUUGGAAAAGGGCGGUUUCACUGGGAUGAUCUCUUUUUAGGACUUGUCGUUAUUUUCUGGACAUUUCUUACAGUCUUUCUGUAUCUCUGCACAGCCGUUCACAAAUCAAACAUUGGGCUCAACAACAAGACGGCUAUGGAAAUACCAGAUGAUGAGAUCGCAGACUAUCGCGCCGGCUCUAUUGACGCCUUCAUUGCUUGGAUCUCAUACAUUGCUUUGGUAUGGGCCUUCAAGGGGGUGCUUAUGUUUCUCUAUGGCAGAAUGACAAAAGGUCUCUGGGAGCACCGUCUUACAAUAUCCGUCGCAGUAUUCUCUUUCUGCACAUUCAUGGCAUCGAUAUUCUUGCAUCUUUUCAUCUGUCUGCCAGUCCACAGAAGCUGGCAGAUUAAACCUUACGCUGGUGAUAAUUGUACUAUUAGACCGUUGAACUAUAUCAUUAUUGAGACGCUCAGCAUAAUAACCGACAUUGCGGUUAUGGCCGUGCCUAUACCAUUGAUUGUCAAAGCCGGGAUUCCGGUGAGACAAAAGUUAUUACUUUGUCUCCUAUUCUCCUCGGGAGUCUUUGUUAUGGUGGCCGCAGUGCUCCGUGCUUAUUACUCCGUUCGCGAUAUCUCUACAUUGUCCACGGCUCUUGGCUGGGCUUCCCGAGAAGCUUUUGUAUCGGCAAUAACGGUCUGUGCGCCCGGCAUCAAGCCACUCAUUAGCAAUUCGCGCUGGUUUUCCACUCAUAGUAACAGUGCAUCGGCUGGCGUGAGCAAUACGCCGAAUGGCAAGCGGAGUAGUCUUUUUCAUACAUCAAGGAGUCACGGUGAUAACGGCCUCCACCCCUAUGAGCUUUCUUCAUCUCUAGCUUGGGGUAAACAUCGACCGGGAUCAAGUGGUGAGAGCCAGGAACAUAUAGUUGAACAGACAAAGUCUAGCGAUGAAACUCCCCGUUUCUCACCGAAUGGGAAAGAAAUUAUGGUUACUACGGAUGUCACACUAUCGACAGAGAGAAACUAA